CGGAGACAGAGCCUCCAAGACUCCCAGCCUCCUCCUCGCCGCCGCCGCCGCCGCCUCUCCUCCUCCUCCUCUUCCUCCUCCUCCCUCGCUCCCACAGCCAUGUCUGCUUAGACCAGAGCAGCCCCACGGCCAACUCGGGCAGCCGCCGCCGCAGAGCAGCAAGGACAACCGCCGCCGCCAGCGAGCGAUGACAGGAGUGUUUGACAGAAGGGUCCCCAGCAUCCGAUCCGGCGACUUCCAAGCCCCGUUCCAGACGUCCGCAGCCAUGCACCAUCCGUCUCAGGAAUCGCCAACUUUGCCCGAGUCGUCGGCUACCGAUUCCGACUACUACAGCCCCACGGGGGGAGCCCCGCAUGGCUACUGCUCUCCUACCUCGGCUUCCUACGGCAAAGCGCUCAACCCCUACCAGUACCAGUACCACGGCGUGAACGGCGCCGCCGGCAGCUACCCCGCCAAAGCUUACGCCGACUACAGCUACGCCAGCCCCUACCACCAGUACGGCGGCGCCUACAACCGCGUCCCGAGCGCCACCAGCCAGCCAGAGAAAGAAGUGGCCGAGCCCGAGGUGAGGAUGGUGAACGGCAAACCAAAGAAAGUUCGUAAACCCAGGACUAUUUAUUCCAGCUUUCAGCUGGCCGCGUUACAGAGAAGGUUUCAGAAGACUCAGUACCUCGCCCUGCCCGAACGCGCCGAGCUGGCCGCCUCCCUGGGACUGACGCAAACACAGGUGAAAAUCUGGUUUCAGAACAAAAGAUCCAAGAUCAAGAAGAUCAUGAAAAACGGGGAGAUGCCCCCGGAGCACAGCCCCAGCUCCAGCGACCCUAUGGCGUGUAACUCGCCUCAGUCUCCGGCGGUGUGGGAGCCCCAGGGCUCGUCCCGCUCGCUCAGCCACCACCCUCAUGCCCACCCUCCGACCUCCAACCAGUCCCCCGCGUCCAGCUACCUGGAGAACUCGGCUUCCUGGUACCCGAGCGCGGCCAGCUCAAUCAAUUCCCACCUGCCGCCACCCGGCUCCUUACAGCACCCGCUGGCGCUGGCCUCCGGGACACUCUAUUAGACCGGCCGCUUUCUCUUGCUGUCUUUUUUGGGACUACUGUGUUUUUGCUGUUUUAGAAAAUCAUUUAAAAAAAAAAAGGAAUUCAUAUGGGGAAGUUUGGAAAACAGAAACAAAAAAGAUUCAUGUGUAAAGCUUUUUUUGCAUGUAAGUUAUUGCAUUUCAAAGGACCCCGUCCCCCCUUUUUUUACAGACGAACUUUUUUUGCGCAACUGUGGACACUAUCAAUAGUGCCUUGAAAUCUAUGACCUCAAAUUUUCAAAAGACUUUUUUCAAUGUUAUUUUAACCAUGUAAAUAAGUGUAGAUAGAAGAAUUAAACUGUAUAUUCUGGAUAAAUAAAAUUAUUUCGACCAUGAAAGCAAAAUGCUUCUAAAAAAUACUCCAUUUGCCCCACUUAUAAUGGGCUAGUGACAUGUUGUGCAGGCAAUUAAAGGAAGACAAACUCUGCAGAGAUCCAACAAGGCAAAAGGGAAGACAGAAACUGGGGGCUGUGUAGAUGCAGAACUGUAGAUGUGUAUACGUUGGAUGCUGUACUUUAUAUGUCUAUAUACAUAUGUGGCCUGUUUAGAGUACUGCCACAUAAUAUACAUUUAGGUGUUUUUUGGCCUAACCACAAAAACGUUUAGAUAAUUUUAAGUUUAACCCCAAAUUGUUUCAGGUAGAAAGUAAUGCUGGAAUCUAAAUACAGCCCUCCCUGUGUGUAAGAAAGCAGCAGAAAUCCCUCAAUAACCACUCUGAAUUCUAAGCUCAAAGCAAUUAUGGUGGAGACUGCCCCCCUCCCCAUCAGCCUCUGUGUAUUGCCAGAGCAAUUAGACAAAUUACACUCCCUUCAAAGGGAGCUUCCAGAGAUAAGAAAAUGAAAAAAAAAGAAGAAAAAGAAAUUACCCCUUCUAUUACAUUUUUUUAAAAACCUGAAAUAUUUGCAGUGUGGCAAAUGGUAGUGCCUUGAACUCAGUGUAUGAUUAUAAAUGUAUCUGAGCUCUUUCACAAGAGGAAAGGAUCAGAGGACUUGAAAACAAUGAUGGACCUAAAUCAGUAGGCCAAGCAGGGCAUGUGUGUGUAGGGGGGAUGCAUUCGUUCUGCCAAGAGAGGGAAUUAUGAGGUGGAGGAAAGGAAGGAAAGUAUU